AGUACUCGUCAGUACUGUUCAGACCUCUUAUUUCAUUUGACGGAAUCGUGUCGAGUGGAUAUUCAUAAUAAAUUCACUGACGUGGGCUUAUAUGUCUUUAAAUUUACAUACAUAUAUUGUGCGGCAGAAACAAAAAAUUGGUGUUACAUAUUCUAAGUGCUUUAUCCAAAUAAGUUAAUGGCUUCUACAAAUCGCUAAGACCUAAACCAAUGUUGCUGUUUAAAUUACUGGCCGAUUAUUCGAUCACAAUUCAUUGAAAAUUACUGCAAUAUUACCAGUGAAAACCCCAAAUCCAAGUCCCGAAUCCAAAAUUACAUUACAUUAUUGCCACUUCGCGCGACGAAAUGGUCAAUAUUUAAAAGUGCUACUACAAAUACAAUAUGAUUCAAAUUGGUUCAAAUUGAUAGUGAACGUGAACGGUGAAAAUUUCUUCGUAUGUCAGCGUCAAACAUAAUAGAUCCAACAUUUAACGAACGACGAUGCUUUCGGGCGCUACCUGACGACGAGGCCAACAAUUUGGGUAAUGAAGAAGAUUUGGUUAUGAGUUUAUCUCAAAAGGAUAUUCUUAUACCAUCGACAGCCUCCCAGCAGCACCAGUUGGAACCUCUUGUCAAACAUAAUCCAAACGAGGCAUCGGCACAACACACGGUUUCUGCCGCAGCCGCUGCAGCGGUUGCACAUCAUCAUCACAGUCUAUCCAGCAUUCAGCAUCUCCAGAAUCUGCACAGCCAGCACCAGAGCACUCUUUUCAACAAUAGCCAUUCGACUCCGUUUAGCGUCACCGAUAUCCUAAGUCCAAUCGAGGAAUCUUAUCGCAAGCUGGAAAUUAACGGUAACCCUCCGUCGCCGUUUCGAUCAAAUUCUAGUGGCAGUAGUAUUAAUUCACCCGGAACAAUAAGUACUUCAACAAUGGCGAAUCCCUACGCUAUGGGCUCGUUAUAUCACAGUCCGGGAGUGCAAAGCUAUUGUGGUCCAACCGAUAACUUAUCACUUGCGGGUCACUACACAGACAUGAGAGGUUCAGCAUCUUGGUAUGGAUCCACAGCAAAUGAUCCCAGAUUUGCAAUAUCUCGUCUUAUGAGUACCUCAGCGAGUGGUUCGAUGGGUCACAUGGGCAACAUGAGUGGCUUGGCUGCAUGCAGUGUAAGUGAUGCGAAACCUCUACAAUUCCCGUUGGCGCAAAGACGAAAGCGAAGAGUUCUCUUCACACAAGCUCAGGUAUACGAGCUUGAGAGAAGAUUCAAGCAGCAACGAUAUUUAUCGGCCCCAGAACGUGAACAUUUAGCCAGCCUUAUACAUUUGACGCCCACACAAGUGAAAAUUUGGUUUCAAAACCAUCGAUACAAAUGCAAGCGGCAAGCAAAGGAAAAGGCUAUGGCUGAGCAGAAUCAGCACAAUCAGUCAGCAAGUUCGCCGAGACGUGUCGCGGUCCCAGUUUUGGUGAAGGAUGGCAAACCGUGCUCUGGAGCCAGCAGUGCAGCACAACCCCAAUCACACACAAACAGCUCGAAUAAUUCAGGCAACAACAGCAAUAACAGCAAUGGAAAUGCGAACGGCGGCAACGGAACAACGGCAACUAGCGCCAAUGUGCCGGGUGGCCUCAAUCUCAUUCCGGGAGAUGCACCUAACUCACACUCACCUGAUACAUCGUCGUCGCUGAUAGCCAGCUAUGGUGGGACAGUUGGAGGUACCAAUGCAUCGAUGUUACAGCAACCCUGCAAUAAUGCUCUUAUGUCCAAUAGUUUAGCUAUGGCAUAUAGAAACCAAAACAAUUUCAUUUCGAAUGGUCAUCAGCAACAAUGUGGAGGCUAUUUGCCAUUGCAAGGUCGAGCAUGGUAAAUGUAUCAUAUAUAUAGUAUAUAUAUAUAUAUAUAUGUAUGUAGUAUGUAGUAUAUCAUUUAUACAAACAUAUUUUUUCGGUUACGUUGAAGUGUACUCAAUUCAGUUAUGUGUGUGUAUAUCAGCCGAUAUAUAGAACAUACUUCUUAUGUAAGACAAUUUUAAAAAUAGAUGCAGCGAUACUUGAUUUCGAUUUCAUUAAAUGAAAUGAUUGCUUUAUAUAAUAGCAAUAAUAAAUAAGUUCUUAAAAAUAUAUAUACAGGCAGGUCUCACAAAACCUCAAAAAAAAAUAAAAAUAAAACAAAAACCGAAAAACAAAACGUAUAUAUAAUAAGUGUAUAUAUUUAUAGAUCAAUGUAUUAUACAAUAAACUGAAAA